UUCUGAUUUCACAUUCAGUCGACGACAUUGCAUGCCGUAUGGUAGACGCGUAUUGGUUAUUUAAGUGCGCCUUUUAUCAAUUUUGUUUAUUAUACUGUUUUAUUUGUAGUGCUUGUUAUAGCAUCUAAAGAACAAUGGCUAGAGUAGCAACUACAGAGGCUCUGCGCUUCAUGACCGACUGUCUCAAAGCAGUUGGGGCUUCGGCUAAAGCUGCGCAGCAACAGGCCGAGUUGCUCAUAGAAGCUGAUCGCGUGGGACAUCCUAGUCACGGACUUAAUAGAUUAGAAUUCUACAUAAACGACAUACUAAGCGGUGACUGCAAGCCCGACAACCAGCCUGUAAUACUGAAGGAAAAUGCAUCGACCGCAUGGGUGGAUGCCAACCAUGUCCUGGGGGCGACGGCCAGCCACUUUGCCAUGGACAUAGCCAUCAAGAAAGCUAAAACCACUGGAGUUGGAUGGGUGACUGUAAAAGGUUCAAACCACAACGGCAUGGCGGGUUAUUGGGCGAAGAAGGCGGCAAAUGAAGGUUUAAUAGGAAUGGCUUUCACCAAUACUUCACCACUACUUGCGCCAACCAGAAGUAAAAAGUCUGCCCUAGGUACAAAUCCUGUGUCAGUGGUGGCGCCGGCUGCAGAUGGGGAAACAUUCUACUUGGAUAUGGCGACGACUGCUGUAGCUGUUGGAAAGAUAGAAAUGCAGAUGCGCAAAGGAGAACCCAUACCAAAAGGCUGGGCGCAGGACCCUAGUGGGAAUCAAACAGAUGACGCGGAAUUGGCCUUCAAAACAGGUUGUCUGAUGCCACUGGGUGGUGGGGAAGAAACGUCUGGCUAUAAGGGAUAUGGGCUAUCCGCUAUGGUUGAGCUGUUCUGUGGCAUUUCAUCGGGCGCGAAGUACGGCCACCACAUCCGUCCAUGGUCUCAACAGGGAUCAGGCGGUCCCGCUGACCUGGGCCACUGCUUCAUUGCGGUGGACCCUGAAAACUUCGCGCCCGGCUUCGGAGAUCGACUCGCCGAGAGUAUCAGGCACUGGAGGCAGCUGGAACCGACAGACAGCAGUUUACCAGUGCUUGCUCCUGGGGAUAAGGAGAAGAAAGCAGCGCAACUAACUGACUCACUUGGAACUGUCGCAUAUGUGAAACAACAACUGGAAUCCAGCGAAGUGCUGGCGAAGAAGUUGCGAGUCAAACCUAUGGAAGUUGUUAACUGAUCCAACUUUUUGUUCGGAAA